CUUUAGGACUUCAGCUGUAGCUUGGUUAGAAAAAUGGCGGCUGCUGGCGACGCAGCUGACCCUGAAUCACUGACAUUUCUAUUCAACAAUUCAGAGGAUUCCGAUGUCUUGCUAACGCUUCAAAUAGCAGGAGAGAGUGGUCAGGGGAGGGGGCAGCACGAUGCAGAAUUCGACACUGUACUAAAUCUGCACAGCACAGUUCUAAGGAAGCACAGCAAGUUCUUUGAUACUCUUCUUUCAGAAAGAUGGACCGGAAACGAUACACACGCAAGCAGGACUACUGUGACUCUGAAAGGAUGCGAAGAUGCAGGAAAGCCUGCAUAUGAAUCCGUCCUUCAGUAUAUGUACAACAUGGAGAACGGUCACUAUGCGCCUGAGAGAAAACUCUUUUGCAAUGUAGAAGGUGCAAUUAGAAUCUUCCGUGCUGCCAAUCGUCUAGAAAUGCUGUCACUACGGCAGAAAGCUCUGGAUUACCUUGCGGCAGUGCCCUGGAGUGAAGAAGCGAAAGAAAGCAUUGAAGAACUUUGCAAAGGAGAUAUCGGCGACGACAUACAGCCCUUGCAAGCGCGUCUAGGGCCCAAACCAGCUUUCAGCGAUGACCUGAAAGAGAAAAUAGUUAGCCAGUUGUUGGAUGACGAAGAUUAUAGCGAGCAUGUCGUAGCCAACCUCUCUGAACUCAUCAAGGUUGGUGCCUUCAAGGACGCCAUGCUUGAUAAGGUCUUGGGAGAUCUCCUAAGGACAUUGAGGGGAUGGCGGGACAACAUGAACAACGACAAGUCCUGGGAUCUAGAAACGACGGGACGCUUUGUUCGCAGCCUCCGCUUGGCGAUGAAGGCAGCGCUGGAAAGUGGUCGCAACGUCUCUCCAAUUCUGGACAUGUUACAAGAGGACUGCGAAAAGUGGAGCGGCAUCUUGUCAAUGAAUUCUGAUACCAAUGAAAAUAACAAGGAGUGGAGAGAACUCUUCCAGGAGCACUUCUAUCAACAUCUGAUCAAGGUCUCAAUGAGCGGAAAGCCGCCAUUUAUGAACGCACAACGGGCCUUGGUUGUGAGACUCUGGGUUCCCCUGGAUCUUGAGGAGGUCAAUCAGCUGGAUGUGAAGACGCUAUUACGAGAGAAGCAAGUUGCCGCUGAUGUCAUGGACGUCUUGAGACUCGCUAAGAGAGAGAUGCCUGCCUUUACACGUCAGCAGCCGAUACAACCCCAAGAAACGAAAGACCCCAGACUCAUGACAGGUGGAAGCGCAUUAAGGCCGAGCCUCGGAGGCUGA